AUGGAAACUUUAAGAUACUUUAAGGGGCCUGAGCUGCUUGUGGAUUUGCAAUACUGUGAUUAUUCUCUAAACAUAUGGAACCUGGGUUGUAUGUUUGCUGGAAUGAUUUUCCGGAAGGAGCUUUUCUUCUAUGGCCAUGACAUUUGUUCAUGCCUCCAUCCAAGGACGGAGGCAAGGAGAAAUGCCUCCAUUCUCCAUGCCUUCAUCCUUGGAUGGAGGCAUGAAGAAAUCGAGCUGUCUACUUCUCCAAUCAAAUCAAGGCAUCAUUUGAUCCUUCAAGUGACGGAAUCAAGGUAUAAUUUAAUUUCAACUAGAGGAAUACCUCCAUCCAAGGAUGAAGACAUGGAUGGAGACAUGUCUCCAUCCUUGGAUGGAGGCAUUGGAGGCAAGGAUGGAGGCAUUUUUCCUUACCUCCAUCCUUGGAUGGAGACAUGA